UAUAAAGGAGAACACUUUCACUGGUUCCAAUGUAGAGUGAUAAAGACAAGUUUGUACACAGUGUUUACUACUUGGGUCUUUUGGGAUUAUCAUGAAACUGUCAACUGACUUCACCUUUCCCCUCAUCGUCUUGAUGGCUUUUGUUGAGCUCUUCGACUUCGUCACAGCCCGUCCCGCUGUGCCACAAGGAAAAAAUGAUCUGCGAAUGCUUUACCAAGACAUGCGUAAGCUACUCAACAUAGUAUCUCAAGAAAAGCAAGAGAAUAAGCUGAACGACUUUGAACAAUCGCUCACAUCCCUGCCCUCUCUGGACUUCAGAACAGAAGACCUGAAAUCACUCGAGGUGAGCAGUACCUUAGCACAUCUGUACUCUGGUCUUAAAUCCUUCAAGUUCCAUCUUUACUGGAUCCAGCACGAACAAGACGAAUUGGGGAUUGAUUAUUCUAAGACAAAGAAUAUCCAUCUUAUCCAACUCAUCGACAGAGUGCUCACACAUAUUGAGACGCCCAUUUCUGAGCUCGUCCACCCUUCCCUGCCUCCACUGAAAACAGCCUGGAACUUGUACCAGGCCAAUGUGGAGAUCAACGACAAACUGUACUACUUUUGCAACUGGUACAUUAGAGCACUGAGAGGCCUGAAACCGAAACAAUAG